AUGGAAAAGUCUCAGCCCAACGACUCUUUUGAACGUGAGCUUGAAGAUUUUGUUAGGAAACAGAAAGCCAGAGGCUUACAUCCAAGGGUCUGCUUCGGAACACUAGCAGAGGACCCUCUUCGCUGUGUCCGCUCUGGAGCGCCAGUGCUGGGGCCACCACUGUGGUUAAGAAAGCACCCCAGAUCCUCCACUGAGUAUGAAAGGCUGACUGCGGAAAACCCAGCACCUCACUGCAGACAGAGAGUGGGAUCUCUAAAACAUCAUCAGAGAACCCAGCCAGUCAGUCAAGACAGAAAGGAGGGGACACAGUGCCAGCAGGAAGGAGGAGCCAUCAGUGAGGAGCCAAGGGUGCCCAAGGGGAAACACCGCAGAGGGAGGGGUUCACGCAGAGAAGGCCUCAGCAGAGGGAAGCCCUCAGCAGAGCCAGCAGGUACAGAGAAGGUGAAGAACAGAAAGGAGAGCCGUCGUGGUGGGAGAGACCCCAACAAAGGCCAACGUUGGCCCUGCAGAGAAAGGAGAGCAGAGGAGUGGGAUUUGUGGGAUGAAGCCAUCUUGGGCAGUUGCUGCUGAUGUUUGGGUAUUUGGGGUCCCAAGAUUCUGUUGGUAAGGAUGGAUUAAAUGACCUCCAAGCAAUUAGCCAGCAGAUGGCUGCUGUGGUCCAUUUGCUCUACUGCUGUAGAAGCUCGGGGAUCCAGCAUGGUAGUGACAGACCCUUCAGUGCCCAAGGCCUUUGGACAGGACUCUC